ACAACGCUGUGCUGUGUGCGUGUGCUGUGGAGUGCGACCCUCCUUCCUUCUACCUCCACCUCCUCCUUGCCUCUAGCGCGGAACAUGAACCCGCUGCAGACACUGUUGCAACAGACGCUGCUAUCAACACAGCACGUGUCAAAGGCGGCAAUCAUUCGCAAGAGAGAUGGUGGGAUUCGAGCAAGAACACCAAACUUCAAGAUCACGCAGGAAGAGUUUGCACGCAUCCAGGCAGCGUUUGACUCGCCCACGUUUGGAAGAGAACACCCGCUAUCACUCGGAGGCAGGAACUACCAGUGCAUCAGGGUCGACGACCGUGCCAUUUACGCGAAAGACGGGUCGACUGGUAUCAUCAUAGCCAUGGCAAAGAACAGCUACGUGCUCAGCACAUAUGACGUUGGCAUGUACCCGGCCGUGUGCGCAGAGGCAACAGAGAAGCUCGCAGAGUAUCUACGAGAAAAGGGGAAAUAGCACAUGUGCGCCUGUGUUUGCCUGUGGUGGAACAUGUGGUGCUGAUGCACACUCUUCGCUUGUUACUCUUCGUCAUGCCUCAGCACCAAGGCUUUGCCCUUGUUUUGUUCAUGCGCUGCUCGGCUGAUUGCUUGCUUGGUUCCCGCCGCCAUUCGCUUUCAGUUCGGCGCCAUUCUAUAUAACUGCCUGUAUUGUGUUGUAAACUUGAAUCAGCACUCCGCACGUGCGUGCAUUAAGAACGACUGAAG